AUGUUCAUGCUCUGCUACAAGAACGGCGGCCUCGCCCGCGAAAAAGUCCGCGACACGCUCCCCAAGCCCGAGUCGGGCGACCCGUGGGCCAACUUCAACAAGGCGGUUCUCGAAUCCCCACCUCUCGACGCCGCUUCCGAGUCCGACAAGGCCAAGCUCGGCCUCUACUUUUACCUCCCCGAGAUCGUCCCCAACAUCCGCGCGGGCACGUGGAGGUACACGGCCAACGCCGACGGCAGCGGCCUCACCGAGUUCCAGGGCGAAGGGAGGGUGUACCUCGUGGGCGGCGGCUCGCUCAACCCCGCCAUCGCGCAGACCAUGGGCGAGGUCCUGGGCGGUGCCGAGGGCGUCUACAAGCUCGACGUCGGGGGCAAUGCUUGCGCGCUGGGUGGCGCGUACAAGGCUGUGUGGGCGCUCGAGAGGGCCGAGGGCGAGAGCUUUGACGAGCUCAUUGGCAAGAGGUGGAAGGAAGAAGGGGCGAUUCAAAAGGUUGACGAGGGGUUUAGGGAUGGGUUGUUCCAGAGGUACGGAAAUGUGUUGCCUGCUUUUGAUGAACUCGAGCAGAAGAUUUUGGGGGAGAAUUGA